GGGUGACUGGAUACAGUGUGAAAACAGGGGUGACUGGAUACAGUGUGAAAACAGGGGUGACUGGAUACAGUGUGAAAACAGGGGUGAUUGGAUACAGUGUGAAAACAGGGGUGACUGGAUACAGCGUGAAUACAGGGGUGAUUGGAUACAGCGUGAAUACAGGGGUGACUGGAUACAGCGUGAAUACAGGGGUGACUGGAUACAGCGUGAAUACAGGGGUGACUGGAUACAGUGUGAAAGCAGGGGUGACUUGAUACAGUGUGAAAACAGGGGUGACUGGAUACAGUGUGAAAACAGGGGUGACUGGAUACAGUGUGAAAACAGGGGUGACUGGAUACAGUGUGAAAACAGGGGUGACUGGAUACAGUGUGAAAACAGGGGUGACUGGAUACAGUGUGAAAACAGGGGUGACUGGAUACAGUGUGAAAACAGGGGUGACUGGAUACAGUGUGAAAACAGGGGUGACUGGAUAGUGUGA